UGUUAUUAUUGUUGUACUGCCCCCUUGUGACGUUGCCAGUAAUUGUUAAAUAAACCAAUAAAAAAGGUGAAAACUUCGACAAUGUCAUGUUAUGAGGCAAGCAUAAGACUGAGUUGUUCUCGAAGCGUGUUUAUUACAACGUUAGUACAACUCAACAGGAGCGCACACUUGAACUCAUCCAACUUAACAAUAACGUAUGCCUUCUAGUGGUAAUCUUCGCUAUAUACGGUAGCCGCAAUAGAACAAACCUCACAACAAAGACAGUCUGCGAAAAGAACAAGGAAAGCUGGCUGGGCAGUGGUGUAUCAAUUGAAUUAUGCCCCCAAAGACCCGGUGUCUCUACCGCCAGGAACGCUGCAGAGGUGCGGUUAUGAAGCUUUCUGCUUCUCUGUCUACCUCGUCAUUCAUUUAAUGCAAGAAAGUUUCACAGGAUCACAUGAUACUUUUUACAGGAUCGCGUGAUAGUUUUUUGGGAUCACGUGAUCAUUUAUCGGGAUUCUUUUUAUGUAAACCUUCACCUACACCCCCUGCGGGGUCCGUGUCACAGUGACAUUAGAUACAUUGCAGAUAACUCUUAUCUAGCGGAGGUCGUGUAAGGUAACGACUUCAAAAGGAUUUAUUACAACUAAAGUUAUGAAUCCGGAAAUUCUUAAAGAGCGACAGAAUGCUUCUUUUGACGUCCAGAAACUCAUUUGUAUUUUGGAUGGUGGGCCUGAAAAGACCAAAAGAAAACGAGAAAUUGUGUCACUGGUCUUAAAUGAUCCAGAUUUUGAUGAAGUGGACCCAAAUUUCCUGUCUCGCAGUGAGCGUUAUGAUCAAACUGUAAGAAAGAGCGCUCAAAUGAUCUCGAAGCUUAGAGGCAUUGUAGAUCCAGAGGAGAUUUACAUCUACAGUAUAGAGUUAUGCAACCAGUUUGGCACUCUGGGACCGCAGUAUGUCAUGGUCCUCCCAACCCUGUACAGCCAGUGUGAUCAAGAACAGUCCAAGAAGUGGUUACCUUUGGCCAGAUCCUUCAAGGUUAUGGGUACCUAUGCCCAGACUGAGCUGGGCCAUGGUACUCAUCUGAGAGGCCUUGAAACCACUGCCACUUAUGAUCCAGCAACACAAGAGUUUGUCUUAAACAGUCCCACAGUUACCUCCAUCAAAUGGUGGCCCGGAGCUCUUGGAAAGACGUCAAACCAUGCUAUUGUUUUAGCUCAGCUUUAUACUCAUGGACAUUGCCAUGGUCUGCAUGCUUUUAUUGUACAGCUCCGACACAUGGACACGCAUGAACCUCUCCCAGGUAUUUUGGUUGGUGAUAUUGGGCCUAAGUUCGGCUUUUGUGAAGUUGACAAUGGAUUUUUGAAACUGGAUAAUGUUCGGAUUCCACGAGAAAACAUGCUCAUGAAAUAUGCAAAGAAUCACGUUUAAAAACAUAUAUCUCA